AUUUAUCUUUAAAUUUCUGUACUCUCAAGUCUGAAUCUCCAUCUAUAUUUCAUUAUUCUCAUCACAGAAACUAAAGCAUUAUUUAUCAGUUUAGCUUGGCUGCAAAACAUAAUUGCUAUAGCAAAAAAGUUUAUUAGCUUUCUAUUAUUACCUUCUAAAAGGUAGCUUAAAAUAAUGACUAUGAGCAAAGUGUGGCACAUAUAUAAUUAGCUCAACUGUUCACAUUAUUUGUGUAUAGCAACAGGUUUAAUUACUUUAUCAUUCAUUCACCUUCAUGGACUCAGCUCCCUGUAGUUCUUGGCUGCAAGCCUUGUUCUCUCUCUUGGCAUUGGUUUGGGUCUUGAGCUGUUGUGGAGGUGUUCGUGGAGGGACCACCCCAACAAAAGUGAGCAGCUUCUCAAAGGUGGAGGAUGCUGUGAACUUCCACAUUUAUUAUGGCCAGACCUUCAAAGUCAUUAAAAAUGCUAUUGAUGGCCAGAGCUACCUUCUUCUCCAGAAUAAUUCAAGGAUUGCAUCAAGGACUAAAUACUGCACCUCAAGAAUCAAAUCAUUUGUCAUUCCAUUGUCAAACUAUUCUGUUGAUACAGAUUAUUUUCCAGUUUCCUUCUUAGAGAUUUUAGGUUUGCUGGAGAGCUUGAAAGGCAUAACAGCAGACUCAGUGGCUUCUCCAUGUGUCUUGAAAUUGCGUCAAGAAGGGCAGAUUCAAAUAUUAAACAGAAGUGAUUAUCAACAGAUUGCACAGUUCUCAGCACACUUCUAUAGUGACACUGAUCAACAACCAGCUUGCAACUUUGCAACUUUUGUUCCCUUUGUCGAGGAUACGCCUUUGCAGAGAGCAGAGUGGAUCAAGUAUAUUGGAGCUUUUGCAAAUGUUGAAGCCAGGGCCAAUCAAGUUUAUGCUGCAGUUAAGGAGAAUUAUUUGUGCAUGGCUAAACUCACAACGAAUCGAACAUCAUUCAAGCCAACAGUAGCUUGGAUGAAGUAUGAUAAUGGUGUUUGGUCUUUUACAAAGGAAGCAUAUCAAUUGAAGUAUGUAGAAGAUGCAGGAGGAGAGAAUUUGGAUGCUUCUAUAAACAAGAACACUUACAAUGUCACUAAUCCUGAUGAUGUAGAGGAACUCCAUGCCAUCUUAUGUACCGUGGAAGUAGUCAUCGACGAAACAUUAACUUCUGAUCCAACCAACUACAUGCUAUCAACAUUUAUCCAAAAUUUAAACAUUGAAGAUCGUUCUUGUUUUUCCUUUCUUACAAACACAAGCCUAUGGAGAUAUGACAAAAGGAUUCAAAAUUAUACAAUAGAUUGGUAUAAUGGAGCAUUGGCCCAACCUCAAUUGGUAUUAGCAGAUCUAAUUGAAGUUUUAUUUCCUACCGGAAAUUACAAUAUGACUUACUUUAGGAACCUUGCAAAGGGAGAAGCACCUAUAAACAUUGGUCCUGAAAUGUGUGAUAGGAAUACUUCCACUACAAUGGACCCUACAGUAGUAGCAUGUGGAUGAUUAUAUCUCAAAUCUCAAAUUACUUUUUUCUCUUAAAAAGAAAUAUAGGAUCUAUACGUUUUUUAAUUAUUAUUAUUUGUACUCAGCAAUGAGUAUCGAUAGUUCUAUACACAGAAUGUAAUAAUGCCACUUUUUUGUUUGGUACCAUUUUAACUAAAAAAAUUGAACUUA